AUGGAUCAAACACUUGCAACCUUCCCUCAUGAAGCAUCUUCCCAGUCCCACACCUUGGCGGUAGACUUUACAUGGCGAAAGCUCCGGACCCUCAUCACGGACGCCAGCGAAUCAAACCCUACUCCUCUCUAUACCGUCGAUUGCAACAUUCUUACAAACAAUUUGACCUUUAAGACACCCCAAAACGACCAAAUUAUCGGAUCUGGUUCUGCACACGCAAUCAGCAUCAGUCCAGAUUACCAGCUCCAUGGUGUCAAGGGGACCCUCAAAGCCCAGAAACGGCUACGCACCAUCUACACCCACAUGUCUACCGCCUUCUCAGAUACGGGCGCUCCAGUUAAGAUGACAUGGACGAGCCAGAGCGGCUUCAGGACAUGGGAUUUUAUCUGUGUCGACGAGAAGCAAGAGCCUGUGGCUAGGUUCUCUGCCAACAUGUGGGCUUUGAAGAAGGUUGGAAAGAUUGAGAUGCUGGGGCCAAAGGCUUUUGACGAUGCUGCCCGUGAUGAGAUUGUGGUUGUUGGAUUUACGUUGUACUAUUGCUGGAUUUUACGUGUGAACAAUCCUUUCAAUCUUCUUGGGUCGGCAUUCCUUUCUAAGGAGAAGCCAGACAAGGUGGAUAGGAUCGAGAAGAUCGAUAAGGUUGAGGCUCUGCCGGUAGAGCAGAGAGAGGCAAACAUCAUUGGCUGA